AUUAUUGUCGGUAAGGAUUGUUGGAGAUGUCAAAAGUUGAGGAGGAAUCCCGAGAAGGUGGUUGGAAUGGUUUAGAGUUCCAAGAGUUCGUUCAAGAAAGCUUCUCACCAGUUUCGUUUGUUGGAAAUGCUUUAUCCAACAGAAGUGUUCGACAUGCUAUGGUGACAGUUGAAAGAGCCGUUGAACAGUCGAAGAAAACUGUGGAGCAGGAAUUGAACAAAAAUCAGGAUCUCCUCAUUUCAAAGAUUGACAAGUUGGAUAAAUCAGAGAACAACAUUAGUGGUAUUAUGACGGCUUCAGAAAGUUUACUGAAGGAAGUGGAGAAGAUCGAACAACUUAUGGGACUUCCUUUUUCCCAAACAAGAGACAGCAUUUUGAAAUUGGAGUCCGUCUAUCAAUGUUUAGGAAUUCUUAGAGACAUAAUAUGCUUAGAACGUUAUGUCUCACGCUUGAAGCAAGUUUUUCCCAACGUUUCUGAUGCAGCUACUCCGGAGUCUUCUGGAUAUCUUUCAAGUGACCACGGCAAUAUUUCUGCAGAAGAAGAAGGGAUAUGUGAUCUCUGUGAGACGGCAAAGUUGGCACAGAAGCUUUUAGAUUCAUCUGUCUUAUCACAUAUAUCUAUCACAAGACAACAAGCUGUUUACGUGAAUCAAUGCUUGAGUCGACUCGAUUGGACUAUAAGAAGAACGUUGUUGGAACGUUUAGAGGCUAGGUCACAAGUAGAUGUCGGCAAUAUGCUAUUUGGUGCCUAUUACUUGGAUAAUCUUCAGGUAACCCUGGACUAUGUGACUCAAGAACUCAUUUUGAAGGUUUCACAGAAGAUAAGAGAAACGUUUUUCUUGGAUCAAGGCGACAAUAUUCUAGCAGAAAGUAUUUCCAAAAAGGAUUUGUGGAAAAGACUCCUAUCUGUAAAGGAAUGCAUAUUAGAGGGUCAUCGUUCUAUUCUAUUGCUAGAAAGUAUUCUUUGGAGGAAGUAUCCUUGGGACAGUCAUAAGCCGCUUGCUGCUUUCUUGAUUAGCAAAAAUUUAGUUCAAGUGUCAACUGAAAGGCAUUCUGAAGAAUUCUCACAUCAUUUUUUGACUAGAAGAUUUUAUCUUCUCAUCAGAGACAGUCUGAAAUCACAAGUAGAGGCUACUUCAACCUCCUCGAGAGGCUCUUUAAGAGCCGAAUUGUUUGAUAUGCUUGUGGAUAUGUAUCCUAAUAUAUAUCAGUUGCUUAAGGAGAUGGAAGAUUCUCUAUAUGAGCAACUCGCGGAUGACGACAUAUUUGACUCAUUUAUUUCAUUAGCUUUCAAUUUGGGAGAUUCUCUUUUUCUUUCAUCGAAGUAUGGUAGCUUUGAUCUUGUCUCAACGUUUUAUCCUUGCGAAGCGCACUACUUUGCAAAAUCCUUUUCACGUUUAUCACUACCAUUGGAACAACUCUUUGAAAAUGCUGAAAGUUCUUUUGAUGAAGAUGCAGUAGGAAGUUUUGUGAAGCUCAUCGAAGCAGAAUUUCUGUCCAAUCUGGAAUUAAUAGAGUCGCCCAAUAUGUUUUUGAAAAACCUUGGAUCGAUCAUUAACAUGUUUGUAGCUAAAGCAGAGCAAAGUAUGAACAGAGUGAUUGGACAAGAGUGGGAUCCUACACAGUCAUUAUUUAUGGAUAGGUUGUUUAGUUUGAGCUCCUUUUAUAAUGGUAUUCUUCUUUUUGAAGAGAACCUCAAACGUUUCCCUACUACGCUCGAACGGAAAAUGAAACAUAUGAGAAUGCUGGAGUUGGAGAUCACAUACUCGAAGGGAAAACUUGAUGACAAAUUGUCAACAGAAGGUUUAUCGAACUGGUUAAAUCCUGAUAUACAAUCUGCUAAAGAAUCGUUAUCUUCAAUUUCCUGUAUAUUUAUUGAUGAAGUAUUUGAGAAGGCAUUCGAUUGUUUACUUGGUUUAAUAUUGUUAAUGCACAACUCUGACGGUUUGAAACCCAGUUCCGUUACUCGUGUUUCGACUGGGAAAGAUUCACAAUUUUUGAUGACAAACAGAGAAGAGUUUGAGAAUGUAUCCAAAACAGUGAGAGGUUUAAAAUCAUUACCUUUUAAAAGGAAAGAUGGAGCAUUUCAUUAGCAGGUUUGUUCUAUGCUACUUGCGAAAUAUCUCUGUUUUGCAUCCAUUAAGAGAUCAAGUUAAGU